AUGGGCAGUACCGGCGACAAGAUCACCCUCUACACCAACCACCGCUGCCCUUGGGCGCACCGCGCACAUAUUGUGUUCAAGGAGCUCGGUCUGCAGUAUGAAGAAGUCAUCAUCGACCUUGAUACACCACGCGAGCCAUGGUACCUUGAAAUAAACCCCCGCGGCCUAGUGCCAGCAAUCAAGUUCAACGACCAAAUCAUUACUGAAUCCGGCGUUGUCGCGCGCUUUCUCGCUGACGCGUACCCCUCGCACCUUGUCCCCAACACCGGUAAUGUCGACGCCGCGCUGACACGUGCGCGCAUCAAUUUCUUCGUCGACACUUGGUUCGACAAGGUGGGAAGCUACUGGUUCCAGAUUCUGCGCGCCGAGGACGAGGCCAAGAAGGAUGAGCUCGUCAAGGAAUUCCUGGACAAGGUGACCAAAGAGAUUGAGCCGCUGCUCCAGGACGCAGCACCUUUCUUUGGUGGCAGCAGCAAGGUGACACUCGCGGAGGCCUUAACUGCACCAUUUGUCCUGCGAAUUCACUCGUUCUCGAAGCACGAGUUGCUGCCGAAGAGUGUGCAUGAGGGGCUUGACGCGCUGCCCAACUUCAAGAAGUGGGCACAGGCGGUCAUUACGCAGGAGAGUGUCACGUACAUCUGGAACGAGGAGGAAGUCAUUUCUUCGACGAAGAAAAGGAUUGAGGGCUUGAAGUCGGCGGCUAAGUGAGCCUAUCGAGGGAUGGAAUUGAGCGUACAAUGACAAUUGCAGGCUGUGACACAUAGCACGACGAUGUGUCUAUCUAUCAGUUUUGAUUGAGUCGUCAAUGAAGACAUGCGUUAUCUACAAGAACAAAUGGAUAUACAGAAAGCCGAACUACAUGAUGUUUUCCAUAAGGCAUCUGUGGUGACGAUGCUAAUUUGCGAAGUAGCGAGACCUUGAGAAGCAAACACGCCAGAUCGGCUAUGUGAGGGGUAGAUCAAGUGUGCCGACGAUGGCCAC